GCUGGUGCGCACAGCCACAUGAAGCCUGCUGGGGAGGGGCGGCCAGGGUGCAGCAAGCCGGCUGGGGCCCAGGCGGACGCCGACUCAAGGAGGCAUUGACUCCCAAGGGGUCCCCUUUACUUGUGCCUGGGCGAAGAGUCUUCUCCUGGGGUCCCUGGUCAUCCUGAAUAUCCAGAAUGGUGUUCCUCAAGUUCCUCUGGAUGGGUUUCUUCUGCCACCUGUGCCAGGGCUACUUCGAUGGCCCUCUCUACCCGGAGAUGUCCAAUGGGACUCUGCACCACUACUUCGUGCCCGAUGGGGACUACGAGGAGAACGAUGACCCCGAGAAGUGUCAGCUGCUCUUCAGGGUGAGUGACCACCGGCGCUGCUCCGCGGGGGAGGGGAGCCAGGCCAGCAGCCUGCUGAGCCUCACCCUGCGGGAGGAGUUCACCGUGCUGGGCCGCCAGGUGGAGGAUGCUGGGCGCGUCCUGGAGGGCAUCAGCAAGAGCAUCUCCUAUGACCUGGACGGGGAGGAGAGCUACGGCAAGUACCUGCGGCGGGAAAGCCACCAGAUAGGGGACGCCUACUCCAACUCGGACAAAUCCCUCACUGAGCUGGAAAGCAAGUUCAAGCAGGGCCAGGAGCAGGACAGUCGCCAGGAGAGCAGGCUCAACGAGGACUUCCUGGGGAUGCUGGUCCACACGAGGUCCCUGCUGAAGGAAACGCUGGACAUCUCUGUGGGGCUCAGGGACAAAUACGAGCUGCUGGCUCUCACCAUUAGGAGCCACGGGACCCGGCUAGGUCGGCUGAAAAACGAUUAUCUUAAAAUAUAGGUGGAAAGGCACAAAUGCCAGGGAGAGGGAAUCAGAUCAGCCCUGCUGGGGAGGAUGGGGACACAAGUCAGGGCUGAUUUCCCUUAUACCUGUUAUUUUUUUACAUUCAGAUUUGCACUUUGAGAAUGAA